AAGCUACAGUGUUCAGUACCUGAAGCAGGCUGGGAAGAAGAAGGAUUCACCAUGUGGACUCUCUUGUUUCUUUGCAGUGUGCUCACCACACACGGCGUGCAAGUUGCUGGUUGGUACUAUACAGCUUUUGCAACAGAACCAGUGGAAACAACAGUGGCAGAAACAGAAGAUUCAGAAACAACACUACAAGUUACAGAUGAGCCUUGUGGUGGUUCCCUCUAUGGCAACAAUGGCGCUUUUUCCAGCCCCAACUAUCCAAAUAAUUACCCAAACAAUAAAGUUUGUUUGUGGUACAUCAGAACAGAUGGAAACAUUGUUCAGCUGAACUUCACUCAUGUAAACAUCGAGUCUGCGCCAAACUGUGUUUAUGAUGCCAUUUCUGUCUAUGAUGGCCCCAGUACUGGAAGCAGGUUGCUGGGGAAGAUAUGUGGCACCCAGAGGCCCACCUUCUACUCUACCACUGCUUCUUUAACUGUGCAAUUCAAAACUGAUAGUAUUAUAACUCGCUCAGGAUUUGAGGCUUCCUACAAAGUUAUCAAUUCUGUCCAGAGAUCGUGUCGUGACAACUGUGGCAAUCACAUGGGAAGCUGCUCCUGCUUUGACUCUUGUCGAGACAAUGGCGACUGUUGCCAUGACUACAGCUGGUACUGCUCCCACUAUUCCACUAACAGACCUGAGACCACGUUCCCCACAAGUACACCAGAACCAACAUUCCUGGAAACAACAGGUCAGCCAUCAUGUCGAUACAACUGUGGCAGACACAUGGGAAGCUGCUCCUGCAGAUACUCUUGUUAUCACAAUGGCAACUGUUGCCAUGACUACGGCCCGUACUGCUCCUACUAUUCCACUGAAGCACCCGCCACAGUUCAGCCAUCAUGUCGAUACAACUGUGGCAGACACAUGGGAAGCUGCUCCUGCUCCAGCUCUUGUCGAUACUACGGCAACUGUUGCCGUGACUACAGCCGGUACUGCUACUAUACCACUUUUGCACCCGCCACAGCUCAGCCAUCAUGUCGAUACAACUGUGGCAGACACAUGGGAAGCUGCUCCUGCUCCAGCUCUUGUCAAUACUACGGCAACUGUUGUUAUGACUACUACUCCUACUGCUACACCACAACUCACUGGCCACACAUAACUCAGUGGUACACCACAGGAAGUCCAUGUGGAGGCUAUCUGUUUGGCUCUGGCACCUUCUCCAGCCCUAACCACCCCGACCACUAUGACGACAACAGCUACUGCGUCUGGCAGCUCAGAGCUGCUCAUGACCAAAGAAUCUACCUCACAUUCGACUUUGUGGAACUGGAGAACUGCUGCGGCUGUGACUACAUCUCAGUCUACGAUGGUUCAUCUGAAUAUUCAGGACUUUUGGGGAAAGUUUGCAACGGCAAUGUGGCCUCUUUCUUCUCCACUUACACGUACAUGACCGUGGUCUUCCGCACUGAUAUCUCUGUGGUUGCUCGAGGGUUCAGGGCUGAGUUCAUGAGCACUCUGCGAUCAAGCUCAGGUCGAGUGGAGUGCUCCUCAGACAACAUGAACAUUGCGAUCAGCAGGAAUUACUUGAGCUCUCUGGGCUAUGAUGGCAACGAUCUCUACCUGAAUGACCCAAACUGCAGACCGUAUUACAAUUCCAGAAAUGAGGUGGUCUUCAGUUAUUCCAUUACCAGCUGUGGCAACGUUAAAAAGAUCGACAAUGGCACAGUUGUUUACACCAACAUCGUCGGUGCCUACAACUCCUCCUCCUCGUCCUCCGAGAUCACACGCCAAAGUCAUUUUGAGCUCAAUGUCAACUGUCGAAUGGAGAAGGACUCGGUGUCCCAGAUUGUGUAUAUUGUCAGUCAUUCUGGCAGCAACAGCAUCAUUGGCUCAGGCAGAUUCAACACCAGCAUGGAUUUCUACACAUCCAGCAGCUUCAGCUACAAGGUGACUGAAAGGCCCUAUAGAGUAUCACUCAACGAGUACAUGUACGUUCAAGUGGAACUGAGAAGGCCGGACAGCAGCCUGGUGAUCUUUCUUGACACCUGCGUGGCCUCGCCGUCUGCCGAUGAUUUCUACAGCAGACCUUACUACCUGGUCCGUAACGGAUGUUCUGCAGAUAGCACCUACUAUCCCUACAUGAGUGGCACUUGGUACAAAGCCCGUUUCCGAUUUAAGUCCUUUCAGUUCCUGCGUGCCUCCAAGGCGGUAUACAUCCAGUGCACAGUUCUGAUAUGCCCAGCCUCUGACAACAAUUCCCGCUGCCGCCGUGGCUGCAUGAGACGUACAGCCAGAGACCUGGGGUCAGACCAUGACAGCCAAACUCUGGUUCUGGGUCCCAUUCAGCUCAAAGACCCUGAGAAAAAGGAAGAAGGGAGUGACGAGCAGAGCAAGGCUUAACUUGAUGCUCCAGUGACAUACUCUAAUCAACUUUUAACAUCUCUUUCCAUCCUAUUCUGACACAAAUUAUACUCAUCAUUUCAUUUCUUUUCCUCUCUCUCUAUCACAUUACCUGAUUAAAUACAUCAUCAAAAGACAA